CUUUUUUUAAUUAAAGCUGACACUAAAUUUUUCGAGAUGCGCCUGAUUCAGAACAUGUCUACUAUUACGGAAUACUCGAUUCCCGAGAGACCCACCGGCAGGGUCAUCAAAAUAGCGGUGGUCGGCGGCAGCGGCGUCGGGAAGACCGCGCUUGUCGUCCGAUUCCUCACGCGGCGCUUCAUCGGAGAUUACGAGAGAAAUUCGGGUACCCUGUACUCCAGACAAGUCCAGGUUGAUGGAGAGCAGGUGGCGAUUCAGGUGCAAGACACGCCUGGCGUUCAUGUGGCGGGGAAUGGACUCAGCUCCCAGGAUCAUGUGACCCACUCCAUCCAAUGGGCUGACGCGGUGGUCCUGGUCUACUCUGUGACAGACUGUCGAAGCUUCGAGCUGAUUGGCCAGCUACACCAGCAGGUGCAGCUCUUGCACCCACACAGCCGCAUGCCGGUCGUCCUGCUGGCCAACAAGGCGGACCUGCUGCACCUGCGGCAGGUGGACCCCCAGCAGGGCCCAUGCCUGGCCGCUGCCCUCAGCUGUCCCACCUACGAGGUCUCAGCCAGCGAGAACUACAGCGAGGUGUACAGUGCUUUCCACCUGCUCUGCAGGGAGCUUGGCAGACAGGCCCCGCCCCCUCUGCCCAUCAGCACUGAGAAGAGGCGGUCCUCGCUCAUGCCCCGCCCCAAGUCCCCCAACAUGCAGGACCUGAAACGGCGCUUCAAGCAGGCGCUGUCCGCUAAGGUCCGCACCGUCACCUCGGUGUGACUUUGUGGACGGACGGGCCCAGGGGGGCCUGGGAAAUGAGACAACGAGGAGAGG